CGAAUGUGACGGCGGUAAUUGGGGAUGUCGUACAGCCAAGUUUGAUGAGGUCGGUAAAUACCCGAUUAAGCUGGACGGCAAGUGCGACGAUGACAAAAACGAACAAUUCACACUAUGCGAAGCUACAGAAGUGAAAACUUGCAAGAAUAUGGAUACCUUCGUCGGUCCGACCACAAGUCCCAUAGUUUGCCACACUGGCUGUCAGUGUAAGGAGGGGUAUGUCUUAGAUACUGCGACCAAGACGUGCGUGCUUCCCAAAGAUUGCCCGUGCCACCACGCGGGCAUUAGCUACAAGGAUGGCGACGUGGUUCCUAGUGACUGCAACCUCUGUACAUGUAAUGGAGGAAAGUGGGACUGCACGGACAAAGAAUGCGUGGGAGAGUGUAGUGCCUGGGGAGACUCGCACUACAAGACGUUUGAUGGUAGAACAUACAAUUUCCAAGGCCAGUGCGACUACUUACUGGCGCGGGGUACUAACGACAAUGGAUUCAAGUUUGACAUCUCCAUCCAGAACGUUCCCUGUAGUACUCUGAGCGUCAGCUGCUCGAAAUCGGUAACCAUUCGAGCGGGCUUUCCUCCGGACCAAGAAUCGCUUACGUUAUCUCAAGACAAUACUAUACCAGAUUUUACGCUGAUGAAGCAUAUUAUUGUUAAGCAAAAGGGCCAUUUUAUCGUUGUGGAAAUUCCGGAAAUCAAGUUAAACGUUCUUUGGGAUAAAGGCACCCGGGUGUACGUACAACUCAAUUCGAAAUGGAAGAACAAAGUGCAGGGAUUGUGUGGUAACUACAACGGCGAUCAAAUGGACGAUUUCCAAACACCUUCCGGUGGCAUUCCCGAAAUUUCGCCGCUCGUAUUUGGCGACUCGUGGCGUUUGCAGCCGGUUUGUGCUAACAGCGUUGAGGUGGUGGAUACUUGUAGCCUAAGACCGGAGCGGAAAAUGUGGUCCAUGAAGGAAUGCGGCGUGUUGAAAUCGUCAGUCUUCGAGCCUUGCCACGCGGAAGUGCCGGUCGAACCUUAUUUGGAACUUUGCAUUUUUGAUGCGUGCGCCUGCGAUCAAGGAGGCGAUUGCCACUGUCUGUGUACCGCACUAGCGGCGUACGCUCACGAAUGUAACCUUAAGGGCAUCCCCAUAAAGUGGAGAACUCCCGAUUUAUGUCCAAUGCAAUGUGAUGAAAACUGUGGGCACUAUGAUCCUUGCAUUUCUGUCUGUCCACUUGAAACUUGCGACAAUAUGUUAGUGUAUGGGAAGUUGAUGGGGUCAUGUGCCGAAAGCGUCUGUAUCGAGGGUUGCCACGUGAAACCAUGUCCUGAUGGACAAGUUUAUAAGAAUUCUUCCUUACUUGAUUGUGUUCCAAAACCAGCGUGUAACCCCAUUUGUCUAGAAGUUGGCACAACCAUCUACUAUGAAGGUGAUCUAAUGGAGAAGGAUGAUUGUCACAGUUGCUAUUGUUCUAAAGGCCGUCAAGUUUGUCAAGGAGUCCCUUGCACAUCUUCAACUGUUACGACGGAAGAAACUCGUACGGAGCCUAAUACCGAGACCGUGCAGUGCAAGCCCGGUUGGACCACGUGGAUUAAUGUAAACUCCAAACCCGGUCCCAAGGACUCUGACUUUGAACCACUGCCAACUUCCAUUAUAAUGGCGGAGUUACCGGGAAGCCGAUGCGAAUCUGACAUGAUCGCCGACAUCCAAUGCAGAACGGUAGACACGCACCUGACUCCAAAAGAAACCGGACUGGAUGUCGAAUGCAGCUUGGAGCGCGGUUUAGUCUGCACGUCUAGACAGGACGAGGACGAGUGUCCCGAUUUUGAAAUUCGAGUCAAAUGCCAAUGCAAAGAAACGGUGACCGUAUCGUGCGAUCCAUCACAGCCUUUGGAAGCUCACGUUGGCGACUGCUACUUAUAUCACGGUUGCGACAAAACCGACGACGGAAACUCGCUGGUUGUCAAAACUUGCGGACCAGAUUUGAUGUUCAAUCCCAAGAAGCUCAAGUGCGAUUUUCCGUCCAAAGUCAUACUCGUUAAACCGGAAUGCGAAGUUUCAACUACUGCCCCAGUUACAACUCCGGCGUGCGACGUACACGGGCCGAAUAUCGCCGAUCCAUCCGACUGCUACCUCUAUUACCGUUGCGAACAGACGGACAAUGGGUACGAGCUUGUGCGAAAAACGUGCUACCCCGACUUUAUGUUUAACACGGAAACGCUUCAGUGCGACUUCUCGAUGAAAGUCGGCGAGUUGCGACCCGAAUGUCACGAGACCGUUACCGAAGCCUGCGACGUCGGCGAACCCAGCAAACCCCACUCGUCGGACUGUUAUCUGUAUUACAGCUGCAUCGAGAAAGAGAACAAGGGGGCGGAAUUAGUCGGACAAAACUGCGGACCGAACUUAAUGUUUAAUCCCGCAAAGCUGAAAUGCGAUUUUCCGGAAAACGUCGGCCAAGUUAGACCGGAAUGUGUAUUCACCAUUAAGCCAGCUACCGAAGUGUGUGCAAUGGAUGAGCCGAAUCGUCCACACGCUCACGACUGCUCCGCGUACUACAAAUGCGAGAAGACCGAGGAAGGAAACGAUCUAGUCGAAAAGAUUUGCGAGUCAGGAUUGAUGUUUAAUCCCAUCAGUUUGCAAUGUGAUUCUGAAGAGUCUGUAGGGCAAGUCCGACCGGAGUGUGUUCCUUCAACGACACGUGCACCAUCGACUACUGUAGCGUGUAACGUUGAUGGACCCAAUGUGCCAGACCUCACAGACUGUUACAAAUUCUACCGAUGUGAGGACAGGGAAAGUGGAGUCGAAAUGGUUACCAAAACUUGUUACCCCGAGUUUAUGUUUGACACUGUCUCGCUAAAAUGCGAGUUUCCUGAGCAAGUGGCAGUAGUGAGACCAGAAUGUGAGAUAGAGGUGCCAAUUUCUCCAGUCUGCGACGCAUCAGAACCCAAUAAGCCUCACCCUUCGGAUUGUUUCUUGUAUUAUCGUUGCGAGGAGAAAGAGGAGGGAUCGGUGCUGGUUGGAAGAACAUGUGGACCGAUGCUGAUGUUCAAUCCCGCUACUCUUAAAUGCGAUUCCCCAGGCAACGUUGCUAAGGUCAAACCCGAAUGUAAAAUCACUAAACCUCAAUGUGAUAUGAACGAACCAAACCGAGCCGACCCCACCGACUGCUAUCAGUACCUCAAGUGUGAAGACACGGAGGACGGAAUUUUGUUGGUCAAGAAGACUUGCGCCGACGAUUUAAUGUUCAAUCCUGUAAGUUUGGAAUGCGAUUCCCCGGACAAUGUCGCGGAAAUCAAACCGGAGUGCGAAAUUUGGAGGACAAGGCUGCCAACCACGCAACAAUGCGACGUUUCCGAACCCAACAGACCAGGAGCUGAUUGUUACACUUACCACCGUUGCGAGGAAAGAGACGGCGUUGCUGUUGAAGUUCAAAAAUCAUGUAAACCGGAAUUCAUGUUCAAUCCGGAAACGCUGCAGUGCGAUUUCCCAGACAACGUUGGUGUAAUUAAAGAGGAAUGUAUAGAAGUCAUUCCAACCGUGAAACCGACAUGCGACGUUAGCGUCCCCAAUAAACCGCAUCCCUCUGAUUGUUACCUGUACUACCGUUGCGAAGAGACCGAAACCGGCGGUGAGCUCAUUGGAAGGACCUGCGGGCCGAUGUUGAUGUUCAACUCUGCGAAACUUAAGUGUGAUUUCCCCCACAACGUUGCCAAAGUCAGACCCGAAUGUGCAGGUGUUACCUCUACAAGCACAGAAGCUACUGUGACUGCAAUUUGCGAGAUGACGGACGCUAAACUGCCACACGUAUCCGACUGCCAUAUCUACUACGUCUGUGAAGAAACGGAAGUUGGAAAUGACUUGGUGCAAAAAACUUGCGGUUCCAUGCUGAUGUUUAAUCCGAUGACUUUAAAAUGUGAUUUCCCAUUAGACGUUGCUAAAGUAAGACCGGAAUGUGCCGUGAUUGAGUCUACCACCGUCACUACUACUGGCGAAUCAGUUGCAACAACCACUUCUCCAUUGUGCGAUGUCCACGGAGAAAACGAAAUGGAUCACAGCGACUGUUACAAAUACUACCACUGUGAAGAGAGGGAGAAUGGCUUGCAGGUCGUUACGAAAACUUGCUACCCAGAAUUCAUGUUUAAUCCGAUUACUAUGCAAUGCGAUUUUGCCGAACAUGUUUUAUUCAUCAGACCGGAGUGUCAUGAUGAACCAAUAGUACACGCCGUGUGUGACACAUCUCAGCCAAAUAAACCUCAUCCUUCGGACUGUUACCUUUACUACCGUUGUGAGGCAACCGCGGAUGGAGGCGAACUGACAGGCAGAACUUGUGGUCCAAUGUUAAUGUUCAACUCCGCAAAACUAAAAUGCGAUUUCCCUUCAAAUGUUGUGAAGAUUAGGCCUGAAUGCGGUGCUACCGUUACAACAACAUCACCGACGGUAACACCAAGUUGCAGCAUGAAGGAGCCAAACCGCCCCCACGAACAUGACUGUUACUUAUAUUAUCAAUGCGAUGAAACCGAACAUGGUCUCGAUCUAGUGGAGAAGACGUGCGGAACGGAGCUGAUGUUCAAUCCCAUGACAUUAGAAUGCGAUUAUCCUGAUCAAGUGGCCGAAAUCAAACCGGAGUGCGAGACCGAGCACACUAGAACUCCAAUUACGGAAGAAUGUGCCGUUUCCGAUCCGAACCGAGCAAUAACCGAUGACUGUUACGAUUACUAUCGGUGCGAAGAGAAGGAAAAUGUUCCGGCGUUUGUCCGAAAAUCCUGCAAACCGGAGUUCAUGUUCAAUCCUGUUACGUUACAAUGCGAUUUCUCCGAAAAUGUGGUGAUUGUGGCUCCGAACUGUGAAGAAAAUAUACCGACUGUCGCUCCGGUUUGUGACAUGAGCCGACCGGUGAAACCACAUCCGUCCGACUGUUACUUGUAUUACAAAUGCGAGGAGACCGAAGAUGGUGCGGAACUAAAGGGAAGAACUUGCGGUCCGAUGUUGAUGUUUAAUUCCGCUAAGCUCAAAUGCGAUUUCCCAGUCAACGUUGUUAAAGUCAGACCGGAAUGUGCGAACGAAGCCACCACCACGACUGAAGCCACCACGGCGAUCGAAAUUUGUCAAAUGACCGACGCUAAACGACCCCAUAUCUCCGAUUGCUUUAUCUACUACCAAUGCGAAGAAACUGAGCACGGAAACGAUUUAGUUGAACAGACUUGCGGUCCCACUUUGAUGUUUAAUCCCUUAACGUUGCAAUGUGAUUCGCCAACAAGCGUUGAGAAAGUGAAACCGGAGUGCGAGGUAGAAGAAAAAACAACAACUGUCAAGGAAACGGUGACAGUUGCGCCAGUGUGUGACGUUAACCAACCAAAUGUGCCGGACCUUACAGAUUGUUACAAAUACUACCGAUGCCAAGAAAAGGAAAAUGGAGUUGAGAUGGUUACCAAAACGUGUUAUCCCGAGUUCAUGUUUGACACUGUCUCGCUAAAAUGCGAGUUUCCAGAGCAAGUGGCAGUAGUAAGACCAGAGUGUGAGAUAGUAACAGAGGUGCCAGUUACUGCUGUCUGCGACUCAUCACAACCCAACAAACCCCAUGCUUCGGAUUGCUACUUGUACUAUCGUUGCGAGGAGAAAGAGGGAGGUACGGCGCUGGUUGGAAGAACUUGUGGACCGAUGCUGAUGUUCAAUCCCGCUACGCUUAAAUGCGAUUUCCCAGUCAACGUUAUUAAAGUCAAACCCGAGUGUGAGGAACCCAAUGGUUACGACGAGUGUCGUGUGAGUGAUCCAUACCGUGCUGACCCUACCAACUGUUACCAAUACGUCAAAUGUGAAGAUACGGAGGACGGAUUUACGAAAGUAACGCACACGUGCGCUGAUGAUUUAAUGUUCAAUCCUGUAAGUUUGGAAUGCGAUUCCCCGGACAAUGUCGCGGAAAUCAAACCGGAGUGCGAAAUUUGGAGGACAAGGCUGCCAACCACGCAACAAUGCGACGUUUCCGAACCCAACAGACCAGGAGAGGAUUGUUACACUUACCACCGUUGUGAGGAAAGAGACGGCGUUGCUGUUGAAGUUCAAAAAUCAUGUAAACCGGAAUUCAUGUUCAAUCCGAAAACGCUGCAGUGCGAUUUCCCAGACAACGUUGGUGUAAUUAAAGAGGAAUGUAUAGAAGUCAUUCCAACCGUGAAACCGACAUGCGACGUUAGCGUCCCCAAUAAACCGCAUCCCUCUGAUUGUUAUCUGUACUAUCGUUGCGAAGAGACCGAAACCGGCGGUGAGCUCAUUGGGAAGACCUGCGGACCGAUGCUGAUGUUCAAUACUGCAACACUUAAGUGUGACUUCCCCUACAACGUUGCCAAAGUCAGACCCGAAUGUGCAGGUGCUACCUCUACAAGCACAGAAGCUACCGUGACUGCAAUUUGCGAGAUGACGGACGCCAAACUGCCACACGUGUCCGACUGCCACAUCUACUACGUCUGUGAAGAAACGGAGGAUGGAAAUGACUUGAUCCAAGACACUUGCGGUCCCAUGCAGAUGUUUAAUCCGAUGUCCUUAAAAUGUGAUUUCCCAGUGAACGUUGGUAAAGUAAGACCGGAAUGUGCCGAAGUGGAAUCUACUACUAGCGAAUCAGUUACGACAGCCACUUCCCCAUCGUGCGAUGUCCACGGAGAAAACGAAAUGGAUCCCACCGACUGUUACAAAUACUACCACUGCGAAGAGAGGGAGAAUGGCCUGCAGGUCGUUACGAAAACUUGCUACCCAGAAUUCAUGUUUAAUCCGAUUACUAUGCAAUGUGAUUUUGCCGAACAUGUUUUAUUCGUCAGACCGGAGUGUGAAGAACCAACAGUACAUGAAGUGUGCGACACAACCCAGCCAAAUAAACCUCAUGCUUCGGACUGUUACCUUUACUACCGUUGUGAGAUAAAAGGGGAUACAGGCGAACUGACAGGCAGAACUUGUGGUCCGAUGUUAAUGUUUAACCCCAAAACACUAAAAUGCGAUUUCCCUGUAAACGUUGUAAAAAUUAGGCCUGAAUGUGUGCCUACAACAGUCACAACUAUCGAGCCGCGGGUUUGCGAAUUGAUGGACGCCAAACGACCUCACGCAUCCGACUGCUACAUCUACUAUCAAUGCAAAGAGACUGAGGACGGAAACGACAUAGUGGAAGAUACCUGUGGGCCUACGUUGAUGUUUAACCCGGUGACUCUGAAAUGCGAUUUUCCCGCAAACGUGGGAAAAGUAAAGCCUCAAUGCGCAGAAGAAAAUCCGUGUGGUGAAGGGGAAGUUCUUGAUAAAUGCGCUAUUGACUGCAGCAGAUUGUGUCAUUACUACGGAUUCACGAUAACGUCCAAAGAAGCUUGCGCUAAUAACGAAGGAUGUGUUGAAGGAUGUGUCCCGUCCGACCAGCGGUGUGGACCUGGAAUGUACUGGUCUGAUGACAAAACGUGUGUGUCUAAAAAAGACUGCAUGUGCUCCUCUAAUGAUGGGAAGCCUGUCCAGCCCGGUGUCGUUGUGAAGGAAUCCCACUGCAAGAUUUGUCAAUGUAUCGAUAAUUUCUAUACUUGUGAUGAAAGCGCGUGUACCACCACUACUUAUCGGCCAGCUACAUCUACAAGAUUCACUUUCCCAACGCAACCAGUCACUUAUGGAUCUACAACACUCAGUCCGCCAUUAGCUUGCUUAGAGACUAGCACGAUAAACUUGAUUGACGGAGAUCGUCCCCUUCCUGGCACCUCGCUCACCGCAAGCAGUGAAAAAGAUGAAACAUUCGCGCCAGAGAACUCCAGAUUCAGUAUAAAAGAUACAAAGGAAUCUCCGGGCGUUUGGGUUCCGGAUAUCAAUGACAAAAAUCCAUUCCUGGAGGUACACUUGGACAGCUAUGAACCGAUCUAUGGAAUUUCAAUUAAGGGAUCCCCCGUGCUCGAUCAAUACGUAACGAGUUACGAAGUAACUUACAGUUUUGACUUUGGCGUAACUUUUGAACCAAUCUUGGAUGAUAACAUCCAAAAACCGAAGGUUUUCCCUGGUCCGACAAACGCAAAAAAAACCUCAACCAUCUAUCUGACGGUACCUGUCGAAGCCACUAACAUUCGGAUUUAUCCUCUUACAUUUGAAAACGCUCCUGCACUGAAGGUGGAACUUAUCGGAUGUGCACAAGUAACCAGAGGAUUGGAAGUCGUUACAGCUGUAGAACCCAUAUGUAAAGAUAAAAUGGGGGUUGAUAACGGUGUAUGGUCGGUAAAUCAAAUUACCGUAAGUUCCGCAAUUGAUGACAACCAUGACAAAGAAUCUCUUCCUUCGGGAGGCUCUUGGCAACCCAAUACUAAUAGCCCAACGGAAUGGAUACAGUUCGACUUCCUUGAACCACGUACACUGACCGGUGUCGAGAUACAAGGCGGCGACAACGGAUGGGUUACCGAAUAUAAAAUCAUUUAUUCGCAUGACGGCAAAAACUGGAAUCCAAUCCAAGACACCCACGGGCAAGAACGCAUUUUCGUCGGAAAUGUGGAUAAUGACACGCCACAAACAAAUUACCUAAAAGAACCGAUUCGAGCCAGAUACAUUAGAAUAAUUCCAUUGCACUGGCACGCCAAUAUUGACAUGAGAGUAGAACCUCUCGGUUGCUUCGAGCCAUAUCUUAUACCUUUGGAGACAACCACCGAAACUGCCACAGUGAAAAUAUGUAACGUCUGCUCUGGAGUGGUACUGCCCGAGGACGAAAAUUGUCCGUGCUCGAACAGUGAGUUGUGGGACGGAAAAGCUUGCGUUGAGCGCAAUUAUUGUCCGUGUGUUGAUAAUUCUGUUAGUUAUCCAGUGGGUAGCAUUUAUGAAAACGAAGACUGUGAAGAAUGCGUCUGUAAGCUGGGCGGAUUUAUUCACUGUAGCAAAAAGGUUUGCAGCCCAUGCGCGGCCGACUUGAGGAGUGUCCUUACGAAAACGUGUACUUGCAAUUGCGUGCCUUGCGAACCGGGAACUAGGCUCUGCCCCACAAGCGGUAUUUGUAUCAAUCAAGAAUACUGGUGCAACGGUAUUAGGGACUGUCCAGACGACGAAACUGGAUGCACAACCACAGUUGAAGCGACAGAACCGCCUUCGACAACCGAAACCGACAUCGACGAGUUCUGUGGAAUACCCGAUUGCGUCGAAAGGUACCACCCGGUCAAUGUAAGCGGAUACGAUUCAAUACCGUGGAACCGGCUUACCGGAUUUAGUAAAACGGUAGUUGAAGUUGCCGAGGAAGGUUCGAUUAAGCAAAUCAGCACAGUGUGGGGAAUUGCAAUUAUACGCAAACAAUUGCUGAAAGAGAACACAAUUGACGAAGAAUGUUCCCUGUACGAAUGCUGGCCCGAAUUUCCAAACGAAAAGGAGUGCCCACAGAUUGAAUGUCCUCCCGGAAAAGUCGUGAUACACGUCCUUACUAUCCCGGAAACGAAUUGCAAGAGAUACAGAUGCGUGGAUAAACCCAAGGAUGAAGUAUGCAACGUUACAGGUAACGUCUUUACAACCUUCGACGAUGUCCGUUACAAGUACGACAUCUGCGAUCACGUUUUGGUUCGUGAUAUGCUCGACGGAGCGUGGCUAAUAUCGAUGGCGAAAGAUUGCACUGCGGACCGCUGCUCUCGACACAUUGUAAUCCACCAUGAUUCCGCUACAAUCACCCUCAACGCAGACCUAUCGGUUACGUACAACGGGCAAAAGUUCGGCAAGAACGAUCUCAAAAAGUUGGAGUUUAUCGCCCGUACUAGAGCUUUCGACGUCGUACUCUUGGGCGAUUCCAUUCUGUUCACGUCGAACAAGUACGGCUUUUGGAUCAUCUGGGAUAAUCAGCAGAACGUAAGGGUGGGAGUGAGUCCGAAAUUGGAGUCGAUGAUAGACGGAUUGUGCGGAUACUUCAAUCGGAACCCGUCGGACGAUAAGAUGACACCGGAAGGUGACGUUACGAAAACUACAAUUGAAUUUGGCGAUAGCUGGAAGAAUAAGGACACGUCGGUGGUUUGCGAGCCCGAGGUGUGCACAAAGGAGAUGAAGGAUGAAGCGGUCGUGCUGUGCCAGAUUGUUAAGGAGGAAGCUUUCAUUGAAUGCGCAGAAUCCGUGAACGUAGACGUAUUUUUGGCGGAGUGCAUUGAAAACACUUGCAAUUGCGUAAAUGGAGGAAAAAGCAAAGACGAAUGUCUCUGCCAAGCAUUGGAAAAUUUCGUUGUUCAAUGCGAAGCGCAUAAUCCACUAAUAGAGCUUUGGGAUUGGAGAACAAAGUAUCAUUGUCCGACGAUCUGCGAACCCCCCUCUGUACAUUACGACUGUUACAACAAGAUUUGCGAACCGACCUGUGGCAACAUUUACAGUUGUCCUAAAGUAGACGAGUUCUGCUUCCCGGGAUGUUACUGUCCACCGGGCUACGUGCGAAAAGGCAAAGAGUGCGUGGUGCCAAACGACUGUGAAGACUGUGUUUGCCACGUGUUACCCCACUUGAAGUAUAUUACAUACGACAAGGGAUCAUUUACUAUUGAUGGCGAAUGUGAGUACAUAGUGACUCAGGAUAUACCCGACGAACAAGGCGAAAAUACCUUCACUGUCCUCGCGAAGAAUGCCAAGUGCACUUAUGACAAAACCCAAAUUUGCGUUGAACACAUCAGAAUCGUGUACGAAGACAAAGAAAUUAAGGUUCAAAAGAACGAUCUCGUCGAUAAGCCCGAUAUCUUGGUGAACGGCGUCUCUGUAUCGGACUUCAAUACGGAUUGGGCUAAGAUAGAAACCGAGCCCAACAAAAACGUCCAAGUUAGACUACCAGAAGUACCGGCCAAGGUCACCAUAUUCUAUCCCUCGCUCUCCAUCACCGUUGCGCUUCCGUCGGUUAAGUACGGCGGCAAACUGGAGGGCUUGUGUGGAAACUGCAACGAAAACCCACACGACGACUUCGUUAUGCCCAACAGGACUAUCGCCGAGACGAACGAGCAGUUUGGCGAGAGCUGGCUUUCCGAUCAGAACAAGGAGGCGGACUGCAAAAUUGUGCCACCGGUCGUUUGCGAAAACACCGGUGACGUUACGUGCAAAAUUUUGGUAUCCGACAGAUUCCAAGAGUGCAACGCAGAAUUAGAUCCGAACCUCUUCUUUGAAUGGUGUAAUGAAGACAGUUGCCAUGAUAAACCCAUCGUCGUGUGCGACGCGAUUGAAGCGUAUGCACGGGAAUGUCUCACUUUAGGAAUCUGCGUGGAUUGGCAUUCUGAAUUGUGUCCGGCCUCGUGUCCCUCAGGCUUAGAGUAUAAAUCGUGCGAGUCCAGCUGCGGACGAACGUGUGACAGUUUGGAUAAUGAAAGUUGUUCCGAGCUCAGUAUCGAUGGGUGCUACUGUCCCGAGGGCCAGGCGUUACUUAAUGGAACCAGCUGCGUGCCGAUCGACAAGUGUAAAACAUGCGACGCCGAGGGACAUUAUCCUGGAGACACUUGGCAACCUGACAUCUGCACGACAUGCACAUGUGAUACUUCCAAGGUGAGCUGUACCAAAGUAACAUGUCCUUCGACCGAAAACGUAUGCCAGGAUGGUUUCGAAAUGGUCACAGUUCCCGCGCCGGACGAGUGCUGCGACAAAUUCCUCUGCGUGGCAAUCACAACAACCGCCAGGCCUUGCGAUCCUCCGGUGCAAAUACCUUGCGCCGCAGACCAGGCAGUAAAACUAAUAACGAAGUCGGACGGCUGCGCGCAAUUUGUCUGCGAAUGCAAGCCACCCCAAGAUUGUCCGGCUCUUCAUCUCGAAACCUUACCGGUACCGGAAGUUGGCGUGGUCAACGAAAUAGACAAUAGCGGAUGCUGUCCCACGGUGAAAGAAUCUUGUAAGCUCGACGCGUGUCCGCCAAAACCUGCAUGCCAACAGUUCUAUACGGUGGUUUCGAAACAGGGCGCCUGUUGCGAAUUAUACUCUUGUGAACCUCCAAAAGAUCAAUGUAUCGUUGCUUUAAAGUAUAAGGACGGCGAAGUUGGUGGUGAAGCAAGAGUACCGCAAGAUGAUGUUACAUUGGUACUAAAAGAAAAGGGCGAAAGUUGGAAGGAUGGACCGUGUCGUCGCUGCAAGUGUAUCCUAACUCCAAGCGGUGCAUUGUACGAGUCUUGUACAAAAUCCGAUUGCGCACCGCCUCCUGACGAUUUUAACUACAAGUACGAGCCAGUUGGGGUACCCGGAGAAUGUUGCCCGAUAUACAUGCAAGUCGGAUGCGUUAUCGAUGGACUCGUCCACGAGAUUGGUGACAUUUGGACUGUCGAAAACGACUAUUGCGUCACCUUCCACUGUAAUGAGACUACCACCGGCGUAGAGACAGUGAAGCAAGUGAAACAUUGCGCGACAAAAUGCGAACUUGGAUCCGAAUACGUUGCCGCGUCAGAUGAGGAUAAAACGUGUUGCGGCUCGUGUAAGGUGGUGGGGUGUGUCAUGGACGACGUGGUUUAUCCAAUUGGAGAUGAGUGGACAUCUGACGAUCACUGCACUGAUUACGUUUGCACGAACGAAACCAAUCUGGUACAUAUCAAAUCCAAUACGAUAACUUGUCCAAAAAUACCCGAUGAUAUUAACGCUAAUUUUGUGGUCGAAGAGGUUACAGUACCGGAAUCCUGCUGCAAAGAAUUCAGACCAACAGCGUGUAAAGUGGACGGUAAUGUGUACCAGAUUGGAGAAAGCUGGCCGUCGCCGGACGGUGACAAAUGCAAGAAUAUUACGUGUAUUCAAAAUGCUUUGAACCAUGUCAAAAAAGAGGUAGUGACGGAGACCUGUAAGACCGAGUGCAAGCUAGGUUGGGAGUACGAGGAGUCGAGCUCCCAGUGUUGUGGAGCAUGCGUACAGACCGCUUGUGUCAUUGAUAACGAGCUGAAACAGGUGGGCCAGCAAUGGACGUCGGAAGAUGGUUGUUCCGUUUCCAGCUGCGAACUUCUGCAAGGACAAUUUUCGAUUAUGACCACGACAGAGUCUUGUCCCGACGUUAGCGAAUGUGCUCCGGAAAAUCUGUACCAGCUGGGAUGCUGCGAACACUGCAACGUGACCACGGAACCCUCGCACAACUGCGUCGUUCAACCACUUAAUCUGGAAGACACCGUUGGCUUAAUUGUCGAAACUAAUGAUCACGGGAAUUGCGUGAAUAAAGGCGAAUUGCCUGGCAUGACCGAAUGCGUUGGCGGCUGCGAUUCGUCCACCAAAUAUAACAAACUGGAAGCGCAGUACGAGUCCCAGUGUUCUUGUUGUCAAGCUGAAAACUACGAGACAAUUUCCAUAGAGUUAGACUGCGAAGAUGGAUUUGUUUUAAAGAGACAGUUCGCUGUCCCCUCGUCAUGCAGGUGUAUGGAGUGUGGCCUAGAAUAAAAACCUUUCAGUAAGCUUCCACGUUUCAUAAGGCAUAGGUAUUAAAGUUAUACUAUAAUGUGAUAAGUAAUAAAUGUAAUAUUAACAUU